AUGGCGGCUGUAUUUCCUAGGACGUGCUAUAAGUGUGGUGAAGUUGGACAUUUGGCCGAUGAUUGCCAGCAAGAGGAAAGAUUGUGUUACAACUGUCGUAAACCCGGCCAUGAAAGUACCGAGUGCCCAGAUCCAAGACAGGCUACUCAGAAGCAAUGUUACUCAUGUGGUGAUUUAGGACAUGUGCAGUCAGACUGCCCAACCCAGUCCCAAGGAUCCAAGUGUUAUAACUGUGGUCAGUUUGGACACAUUUCUAAGAAUUGCAACCUCAGCGGAUCCGCCAAAAAGCCAGUAGGUAAAUUCAACGGCGGCAGCAGCAGUGCAAGUGGUAAAGGUGCCACAACUUGUUACAAAUGUGGAGGACCAAAUCAUUUCGCUAGGGACUGUCAAGCAGGUGUUGUUAAGUGUUAUGCUUGUGGUAAGACUGGUCACAUUUCGAAAGAAUGUCAUUCAGUAGCUGGUGGGGAAAAUGUUGGAGCUUCCAAGACUUGUUAUAACUGUGGUAAGACUGGACACAUCUCGAAAGAAUGUGACAGCACGGAUUAA